AUGGGAUUCGCCGAAAUUUGCCAGUUUACGCUUAUGCAAUCACCAUUCCAGGCUUUAUUUCUCAUAGUUUUCUAUCUUUUAUUCGUCCUCAAACUGGGACCAAUCUGGAUGAAGGACAGGCAGCAGUUUGAGAUGAAAAAAGUCCUGAUGGUGUACAACACGUCUCAAAUAUUUUUCAACACGUACCUCUUGAUUAAGUUAGUGCCGCUUUUGUUCAAAUUAAAUCUUUUCUGUGGACCCAUUGAAGAGUCAGAACUUAAAAUGUACUCCACAUUGUCGGAUCUUUGUUACAAGUACAUCUUGCUUAAAGUGUAUGAUAUGAUAGAGACGGGAUUUUUUGUCCUCCGAAAAAGCCAUAGACAGAUAACCUUUUUACACGUUUUUCAUCAUGUUAUGGUAUUUGGAGGGUCUUGUCUCGCUGCUCAUUAUUUUUUAGAAAGUAGGAAGUAUCCUCUGGGUCCA